UUCCAGAUUCUCUCGUAUUAAAUAAUUAUUAACUAUGACAUCACCAAUAGUCACUUUGGUGCUAUUUCUCUCACUUUCCAUACUCACGAAUGGAAGAAGACAAGAGAGGGUUUGUCUACAGUUAGAGAGUAUAGAAGAUGUAUAUGGCGAAAAUCGUGCCGAAGUACAAACUAUUCCGGGCAAAAAAGGCCCGAAAGGCGAUAGAGGAUUUCCUGGGCUCAAGGGAUCACAAGCAGAAGUCAAUUAUGAUGAACUUGAAGCCUUGAUCAAUAGAAAUGUCGAAAGAGCAAUGAAAAAGCAACGAGCAGAAAUGAACGAAACAAUAAAUGAAUUGCUGGAAAGAAUAGAAAAAUUAGAAGGGCAAGAAAGCACAAACACGUUUGAAGAUGCAACAACGGCUCCUUCCGUUUCACUUUCUCCGCCUCCUGGAUUCACUGAACAAGAUAUUGUGCGUUAUGACGGAAGAAUGUUCAUUCCUUUGGCAUCUGAACAAGUUCCUAAAGCAUCAGCGAUCGUCAAAUGUCGACAGCUCGGUUGUGAACUUGCAAAUAUUUACAAUCAUAAACAUAUGGACAUGAUAAUGACAUUCAUUCGUGACAACAAGAUGGACGGGCAAUCAUUUAAAGACUUCCAUCUCGGCAUGACAUACGAUCCUAUUAAUCAGAUUCUUCGUUUUCAAAACGGAACUGUGACAUCACACAGUGUUUUCAAAUGGUACCCAGGGUAUCCACUCAAUGGGCAGAGUUAUUCUCGUUUCACAAACAUGUUUAUCAGGAUUCAUGAAGAUUCAACAAGCCUAAAUCAAUACUUUCUCAACCACCCAGAUUAUGGAACAUACGUCCUGUGUGAAGUUUAA